AAAGUAUGUAAAAGUGAUUGAGUUUCAAUUUAUUUUUUUAGCAUUCAAUUCAAAUUCAAUUUUUGCAGGUUCUCCACGAGAAGCACCGCGGUCAACGCCUUGACGCUGAACUCCUCGAGCUCAACAGAGCUCUUGAACAUUUCAGAAGAACGGUUGAACAUCACUCGGGAAAUGGAUGCCCGAACAAUUCGAUUCGUGUUUAAACGAAUAUAUUAUCAACUCAAAACUGCCUCAUUUUAUCCCGAUUAUCAUCAUUCUACCGGCAAUUACUUUUUGAGCAAUUAGUGCAAUUAGUAAUAAUAGAUCACAUGUGUUUCCCACUCUUCACCUUCUCAACAUUCCCUGCUCAGGGUAGAUUGUAUUGUUUCGUUUUUUCUUCUUUUUUUUUUGAAAUUCAAAUAUCUCAUUUAACAAUUAUUUUUGAAAAGAAAAACCAAAAAUUAUUUAAUUUUAAAAUUUAAUUGUGAUCGUCAACGUCUCGUUUUUAAUUUUGAAACUAAUCAUUUCUGUCUUUGUUUGUUUGCCGUAAAGCAAUAAAUUUUUAUUUCAAGAAUGAACUUCUUUCAAAACUACUUCCGCUUUUCCAACACAAAGCUUUCAACUGAGCUGGGUGACGUGGCAACUCCAGCUGUUCCAAGCCCAAUCGAAGCGACAACCGCCGUCUGUGCUACACCAAAUCAAGCCAGACGCGUUAUCAAAACUAUUGAUGGCCAGCAAUUGGUGCUCUGUGCCAACGAUGUCAAAUAUCUUUCUGUGGUCGAAAAUAUGUUUGCCAACUUGAAUAAUCUGAGUAGUGAUGCGUCUGAUGAGCAAUUCAUUGUCAUCCCAAUUUCGAUCGAGUCAAAGACUAUGCAAAAAAUUAUUGAUUGGAGUCGCGCUGCCAAGAAGAUUGAUGAGAAAACCCUUGAUUUUUGUCAAUUUUUCCCGAAUCUUACGUUGAAAGAAUGCAUUCAAAUUUUGGAAGCAAGCCUUUUCCUGGAGACAUCCUACCUUGGAAAAUGUGCAGCCAAAUGGGUGGCCUCCAAACUUGAGGGAAAGAGCACAGGUGAAAUGGCACAAAUUCUCGAAGUUGCUCAUGUCGGAUUGGACCCAACAUCCGAACAGCAACUCGCUCAAUUCAGACGUGUCACACUUUAAUUGAACUCGUUCGAAAUAAAACAUUGCCGUUCUCGAAUUU